UCACGGUCGGCGAGGACGCGGGGGUGUUCCGGAAAUCUUCUCUCGUACAGCAGCCGUGCCCCAGCGCAGCAGCGUUCUGACGGCCUGCCUCCACUCGUUGAUGCUCUCCUCGCUCCCCCUACCGGAAGCUGUUGCUGCUGCUGCUGCUGUUGUGUUGGUGGCGGUGGUGGGUGUUGUGCGUCGAGCGGCGGCGAGGCGGAGGCAGGACGCCCACGCCCAGGACCCUGGCGGCGUGCGCGUGGGCGUCGGCGAUUCGAGGGCGCCGAGCGUCUGCAGGGCCAUCUCCAGCGCUGGGCUGCAGGUCCCGUCUUCGUCAUUGUCGACAUCUGCCGGCCGGACCUUCCGACAGAUGCACUCGAUUGCGUGGAUGUUGGGGCUGUGUGGGUUUUCGUCCACCAUACUGGCGGCUUCCUCCCCCGUCGAGCACACUGCAAUUCGAGGAUUGUCGUGCCCCACGGCAGUCGCUAGCAGCAGCGGCUGGAGGCCGUCUUGGUUGGGCUGGGUGAGGAUGGACGCGUCAAUGGCCGUGAGGAUCUCGAUGUACUCGAACACGGAUCUUCGCGAGAAUUGGGCGGUUUCGACGAGGUGGUGGACGGCGCUGUUGCCGACCUCUGACGGCCCGCCCUCGUAGAAGCUCAGCGGGUCGAGCUCGUAGCUGGAGUCCUGCUCCUGAGAGAGUGGACAAUGACACACAGCCUCCUGCAUGUGCCUCCUUUGCCCUGCCCCUCACUCAACUCACCGAAGGAGGUCUUGACUCCGGCACCCGCUCGCUGGCCAGCGUCGAGUCGCGCUGCAGCAGGCGCCGAUACACCUCGAGCAGGGCCCUCUCAUAUUGGGGCGUCGGCGUCGCGCCGUUCCACAAUCGGGGCGGGAAGAUGAUGCACAGGCCGCGCACGCGCACGCCAUGCCGCAGCAGCACCUCCAGUGCCGUCAGGUUCGCGUUGGCCACGGCCUCGCGGAUGGGCCUCGUGUUCAUGCCCGCCUCGUAUGGGAAGCCGCCCUCGCACCGAAACCACGAGCAGUCCAGGUCGGCCCCUCCGGCGAUGAGGGCCUCGAGGAUCUCCCGCUGCCUCUGCCGGCUCUCCCAGGUGGGCAGCGACAGGCGAGACCGCGGCGGCUGGCCGUCAGCAGACAUCGAUUCGAAAUCCACCGCCGCACAGCCGGUCUGGUCGUCGAUUGCGAUCGAGAGCAGGUCGUAGCUCAGCGGUUCAUGCUCACGAACGGGUGGCUGAAAGCGAAUCUCUGCGUUGGGGUCGGCUCCCUCGCGGAGAAAUGCUGUGACCCAGGAGGGAGUGGCGAUGCGGCGUUCAAUGGUGUACGAGAGAGUGCGGGUGGCCGAGCUACAGUUCGGCGAGUACAGCUGCCUGCGGAGGUUCUGGAUGAUCUCGUGCUGCCGGUGAGGGGGAGAGGGUGGCGCUUGAGAGGGUGACGAUGCAUCAGCAGCCGGACUGCUGGCUAGACUGCUGGCGCUCGACGGAGAUGCCAUUCACUCACUCAGUCACUCACUCACGAUGGAUGGCCUCUCGACGUGCGUACGUGGCCUGCAGCGUACACACACAUGUUGUGUGACCAGAUAUAUGCCGCGUGCACGAUGAGAGAGAACCGUGCAUGUCAAUUUGUGUUGGUCUACCUUACAGAAGAGUGUGGCAGCUCCGCGUGUAGACAGCUGGGUGGCGGCUUUGGCGGGAGUGGUCGUCCUGGG